AUGUUUAAUGCAGGUGGUGGGGUUUGUAUGAUGAGUAACGUAUGGAGAGAUGAACAACACCCAUCCUUCAUCAACUUCAUCUCCUGCUUCCUUGGUGCAAAUUCUUUCCGGUUAAACUUUGUGCCAAUAGCCCCUGAUUUAAUUUUCAAUUGCGGGGGUUUGUCAGUGGCUUUCAUUUUUGUAACCGACUGGGACUGCAACAACAUUGCGUCUACCUUCAGCAGAGUUCAGAAACUGAAGGUGCAGUUUGCCCAUUUCUAUGUGGUUGUUACUCUCCCUACAAAGGAGCAGAAUGAUUCCUUUGUACGCUCCUAUUUUAAUUAUGGCAUGGAGCUUGGUAGGCCAACAUUCAUGCCAGUGCAAGACCUAGAGAUGGGCUUUGAGAAGAUUGUGAAGAUAUCUCAUGCUCGUGGGGUAAGUAAGAGGCAGGAUGCCAUAUCCAAAUUAAAGGCUGAGAGGGAGUGGUCAGUGCAAGAGAUGGACAUUUAUCUCAGAGUGGUCACAUCCAUUCCUGGCAUUGAUGGACAUGAUGCAAAUUCGCUUAAUCAAGCCAUCGGUUCAAUUGAAGCAAUAGCUAAAGCAUCAAAGGAAUAUAUUUUGGAGAACACAGACCUUUCAGCUGAGAAAGCAGAGAAGAUUACAAGGUUUUUUAGAGAUUCAAAGUUUUACCUUGGUCCCAAAAUUAGUUGA